AUGUCUGAGAAGAAGGUGACCAUGGAGCAGCUCGGCGAGCACAAGUCCAACGGCGACCUCUGGCUCCUCGUCGAUGGCAAGGUCUACGACGUCAGCAAAUUCGCAGAUGAGCACCCGGGUGGCGACGAGGUGCUGCUUUCCGAGGCUGGAAAGGACGCGACGGAGUCCUUUGAGGACGUGGGCCACUCGGACGAUGCGCGUGCCCUCCUGCCCGGCAUGCUCGUCGGCGAGAUCGAAGGUGGCGCUGCCGUGAAGAGCCCCAUCUUCAUGUUCAUCCCCCUCCUCCUCCUCGGCGCCUGGAUCGCUUACCGCGCCAUGAACUAG